UUGUUCCCAAAAUGCCCCAUGCCCUUCUGAGCGGGUAUAUAUAGCUUGCUUCAGAGGCUUGUCACCCCUGGCAGUCAAAAAUGAAGCUCGCGCUGUCCUGCCUGCUCGCCCUGCUGGCCCUCACCACCGCCGAUUCGGUGAGUGAGGUGCCUGAAGAUGAGGCGCUGAUGCGUCUGCAGCUGCAGCCAGAGGGCGACCUGUUCACCUGCUGCGACGGCACAGAGGAGAUCAGCCAGAGUUCCUCUAAUGACACACCUGCACCUGAGCGAACCGUUUGCCAGCCCUGCAGCACCGGUUCUCAGUUGGUUCCCCCCACCAGAGGGGAUGUAACCAGUGAGGAGGAGGAAGAUGAUGAAGAGGUGAUUUUGAGUGAAGUAGGUGAAGGGCAGAGUGAAGAGGAUGAAAGCCAGGAGGAGGUAUUGGAGGAUGAGGAACAGGAGGGAGCAAAACAAGAGGAUGUGGCUGAUUCAGACUCCAUUAAUGAAGCAAAGGAAUCUCAGGAACAGGAGGGUGAUGUGGUCGAGCAAGAAGUCAUGAAGAGUCACACCAUCUCUGGAAAGUUAAUGGCAGACGCUGCACCUCUAGACAAAUCCAAAGCUCUAGCAGAUACUAAAAUUGCUGAAGAACCAGGCGUUGCACAAGCUAAGGAGUCUGUGGAGGUGGAGAAGGUUGUAGAAGAACCAGGAGAGGAAGCAUUGACUGAUCCUGCUGCCAAGGAGAAGCAACCAUUAGCGAAGGACUCUGAGUCAGAGGAGCCAGCACGCAAAAGCUCAGUGAAAGGGAAAACACCUCCAGGGGGUCCUAAGAUGAGGGACCGGUCUCACAUUGACAACACGCUACGUCUGACUAUGACUGACCCUGCUCGGCGCUUUUCAGCCAUCGUGAAGAAGCUGCAACACAUUUACCACUCAGCCAUCAAGCCUUUGGAGGAGGCGUACAAGUACAAGGAACUCAGACAACACGAGGUCUCAGAUGCUGAAAUCGCCUCCAAACCCAUGGUGCUGUUUCUUGGCCCCUGGAGCGUCGGCAAGUCCACCAUGAUCAACUACUUGCUGGAUCUACAUAACAAACCACAAGAACUCUACACAGGUGCCGAGCCCACUACCUCAGAGUACACAGUAAUAAUGCAUGGCGAGAAAGUGCGCACCAUUGAGGGCAUCGUCAUGGCAACAGACACCACCCGCUCAUUCUCGACCCUGGAGAAGUUCGGCCAGGGUUUCCUGGAGAAGCUGGUGGGCGUCGAAAUGCCACACAAGCUGCUGGAGCGGGUCACACUCGUGGAUACGCCGGGGAUCAUCGAAAACCGCAAGCAGCAGGAGAGAGGUUAUCCCUACAACGAGGUGUGCCAGUGGUUUAUCGAUCGAGCAGACCUGAUCUUCCUGGUUUUUGAUCCCACUAAGUUGGAUGUGGGCCUGGAGCUGGAGACGCUUUUCAGGCAGAUGAAGGGGCGCGAGUCGCAAAUCCGCAUCAUCCUGAACAAAGCUGACAGCCUGGUGCCGCAGGAUCUGAUGCGUGUGUAUGGUGCUCUCUUCUGGAGCCUGGCACCACUGAUCAACGUGACGGAACCGCCACGUGUCUACGUCGGCUCAUUCAAGCCUCAGGACUAUGCACUCGAUACUGCCCAAAAACUCUUCAUUCAUGAGGAGAUCUCCCUCCUGGAGGACCUAAAGCAGGCCAUUGAGAACCAGCUGGAGAACAAGAUCGCCUUUCUGCGGCGCCACGCUAUUCGUGUUCGCGUUCAUGCUCUCCUGGUUGAUCGUUAUCUCCAAACAUACCACGAGAAGCUUGGCUGGUUCGGCGACCCACACGAGGUGAUGAAGGAAAUCGUGGAUGAGCCUGACCGGUUCUACAUCUACAAAUCGGUGCUGGCCAAAACCAACGUGAGCAAGUUUGAUCUGCCAGGGCCAGAGGUGUACCAGGACUUUUUCAAUGUGAACGCACUGAGAGAUUUCAAGCUGCUGCAGAAGCACUGUGGCUGGAGGGGUGGCUGCUUAUUGGAGAAGAUGGAGAGCGUCAUCACACAGGAGCUGCCCGCUCUGCUGGCCAGCCUCGGCAAAACGGAGGAGGCACCAAAUGUGGAGAAGCCCAAGGUAGUGGACAAGCCCAAAGCAGAGGACAAGCCCAAGGUAGAAGACAAGCCCAAGGUAGAGGAAAAGCGCAAAAACCCCUGGAGGAGGCAGUGAAGGAUGAGGUGUGGGAGAGGACAGAGGAUGGAGGCAGGGAUUAAUAUUUGUGGGUUGCACAACAGCUUUUAUUCAUACUGGACUCUGGGCAUCGAGCCAGUAAAAGUGUGAAUACAUGAGUAAAGCAUUAAAUAAAGGCAUUAAUUAAGAAAUAGAAAUUGAGUAAAGGAAUGAAUGAAUGAAUGAAUGAAUGAAUGAACCGAUGGGUGGAUGGAUAAAUGAAUGAUCAGUGGGUGUACGGAUGACUGUUGGAUAAAAAAUGAACAGGGACCGAGGUCAAAACUUUUCAGUCAAAGGCCACAACCAGUCAAAUCAAAAUUGAAAACAACUAAAAGACUUUAUUUUCAGCUUUUACUGGACUGAAAUGUAUGACAAAUUAAUCUUCCAGGUACAUUUAUACACUGUAUGUACAAUAAGUUAUGAACACAACUCUUGGUCGUUUCUUUUCAUUUCAGUUUUCCAUCUUAUUUCUCACUUUCCAUUCACAGAAUGCAUCAGGAUGUUUUGAUUUUACUCGUUUUUGUUUAAAAAUAAAAAAAAUUAGUCUAAUCACAGCACAUCUCAAUUUUCUAACUUCACAAUACAUUUAGCUCCUGAAUGUUUUCGAGUUAUUCAUUUUGAUGAAUGUGUGUGGUGCUGCAUGUGAAAUGUAACUUCUAAUUAAAGCUUUCCUGUUCUACAA